AUGUCUGUCAAGGAAGCUGGUUUCAAGUCGGGCGACGUCCUCGAGGCCAUCUCGGGCGCGUUCGGCAAGAUGACCGACGCCGAGAAGAAGGCUCAGAUCAAGAAGACCAACGGUAUCUUCCAGAUCAACAUCAAGAACCCCGAGGGCAAGGAGGCCACCUGGGUUAUUGACCUCAAGGAGGCCGGCAACGUCACCAAGGGUGCUGGCAAGAAGGCUGACGUCACCAUUUCGCUCACCGACGAGACCUUCCUCGGCCUCGCGGACGGCAAGGUCAACGCCCAGAAGGCGUUCAUGACCGGCCAGCUCAAGGUCAAGGGCAACAUCAUGCUCGCGACCAAGCUCGACGGCGUCCUCAAGGCGUCCAAGGGCAAGCUCUAA